AUGAUAACAACAAGAAUACGUCCAAUUAUGAAUAACACAAGUACUCAUACAAACACCAAGACAUCGACAACAAGAUUAACAAAAAUGUCAGCAACAACUUCUACCAUCAAGCAAUCAUCCAUGUCGGGUUCAUCCAAACAUGCCAUUUUAAUCCCAUCAAAUUUGAAUUCAUUGUUACAUGCUGACAAACAAAUCAAAUAUCAUUUCUAUAGUCUUGGAGGAGAUUUUAUUAGAUUGGCUUCUUAUCGAAGAUUUAAACAAUUAUUUCAAGUUGGUGGUGGUUCAUUAGUUAAACAAUUUGUUUUUGAUUUAUCAACAUUUUUAAAAGAAGAAUUGAAUGAUACAAAUUCUUUAAGACAUCAUCAAUUGAAAAACUUUUUAACUUGUAAUAAAACUAUUUUAGAAAAAGAAAAAUCCAUGAUUUUAUGUGAUCAUCAUUUUGGAUUGAAAAAUUGGCUUUAUAUAAUCUUUGGUUAUAUGUUACAAAAUUAUAAUGAACAAGAAAUCAAUAAUUGUUUGGAUCAAUUGGUUUCUAUGUAUUUAGAAGCAAGAAGUAAUCGAUUCUCAAUUAAUGAUAUUCGAAUAAUUCGUGAUGAAAAAGAUCAAUUUAUUUUAUCUACUUUUGAACAAUAUUUAAUUGAUGUUCCAGUUAGAAAUGAUUUAUUAUACAAUGAUAAUGAUAAUAAUGAUGGUGUCAAUUAUAUUAUUUUGAAUAAUAUCAAGAAUCAUAAACGUUCAAAUAAAAAUGACACCAUUUCUACUAAUAACAAUAAUACAAAUCGAAUUAAUUUACCAAAAUUACCUAAAAUUAAAGAUAAAUCUUUAUUAGUGAAAUCUUUAAUGCAUAAAGAAUUUUAUCGAAUAUUAUUAGAUCCAAAUCAUUAUUUUGGUAAAGAAAUGUUGAAUCGAAAUUAUUCAUUAGAUCCUCAAGAUUAUUCUUUAAUUCGUAAAGAACUUUCAAUAUUAGAUGGAUUAGGGGAUUUAUUUUUAGCUCAAGAAACUUCAAAACUAAUUUAUGAAUUAAUAUGUCAGAAAAAUCAUAUUAAUAUUUAUAGUAGUACUACUUAUCAAUUAUUAAAAAUUAUGUUGGCAACCAAUACUUUAAUGGCAAAAUUGACUAAAGCUUAUAAUUUAUAUCAAGGAUUAAAUGAUCCCAUUAUAAAUAAACGUGUUGCUAAAGAAUGGUUACCAUUCACUAUUUUAGGUGAAACCCCUACAACCACCACCACCAAUUCAGCAUCUUCUUCUGAUGAUGAUGAUUGGCAAACUAAUGAUGAAAUUCGAAUUUAUGAAGAAGAAUUCUUGGGGGAUUUUUUUGAAAGUUAUAUGGCAGCUUUAUUGAUUGAACAACCAGAUGUGGCAAAAUCUUUUAUUAGAGAAAUAUAUCAUCGAAUAUUAAUGGUAAUAACAGAAACUUUACCUCCUGAUAUAACUUAUCAGACUUGGACUAGUAAUAUAUUGGGAAGAAAUAUAUAUAGGAAAAAAAGUGAAUCAAUUCAAUGCUAA